AAUUUUGGUUGGGUCAUUACAGGCAGCUAUAAUGAUUGUGGCGAACCAUUUACGAAAGCACAAGUACACCACGCUUACGAAGAUUUGGAUUCCCUAGCUCGCUCUUUUAUGGACAUGGAACAGGUGCAUCCGCAGCCGAACCGCAAGGGGAUUCGGUAGCAACCUUCGGCCUUGGCGAGCGCUCUGCAUGUCACUGCCAGAUUGGCGGCCAGUGUGGAUGCCUAUACGGCGGCGGCUACAGCCACAGCGGCAACCGGCGACUACGGCGAUCAUAUGCGCCAAAAUUCCGAACCUCAGUCAAAUCCAGCAACAGCCCCACCAGACCACCCAGCUGCACCCGCACCAACUGGAGAAUCUCAGAGCGAUCAAUUUUCUUGGGUCGUCGCGGUACCUCUAUCACAGCCAGUUCAAUUCAAAUUCGCCGCAAACGAGACGCUUCACUGCGCAGCGAGACGGCUCGCCAGCAUUCGCGGAUUCAGCGAUAGCAGCUACAGCGGCAGCAGCUUCAGCAGUAGCACCAAUAGCGCCACUAGGAUCAGUCGCACCACUAUCCUCCAUAGCAUCGCCCUCAUUGGGGGCCCAGCCGCCGCCCUUUCAGUUGCCUACCUACCAACAGAAUCAAUCCUACCGCUUUCAGCCGCGCGGACAUCACCGCACCGCCAGCAGCAGCAUGUCGAAGUCCGGCGAGGAUCUCCACUGGCCCACGUAUCUAUCCUGGAGUAAUCUUCAGCUGAGUCGGGCCAAGGCUUCCAGUAAGAUAUCAGCCCUGCUCUCAGGAUUUGCCAUGGUGGCAAUGGUGGAAGUGCAACUGGAUCCCGACACAAGUGUACCACCGGGAUUGCUGAUAGCCUUCGCCAUCUGCACCACCCUCCUGGUGGCGGUGCUGCUGGCCCUGAUGAGCAGCAUCUGUAUCCUGCCAAACGUCGAGACGGUGUGUAACCUGCACAGUAUUUCCCUGGUCCAUGAAUCUCCGCACGAGCGUCUGCAUUGGUAUAUUGAAACAGCGUGGGCCGUCUCCACGCUACUGGGACUUAUACUUUUCCUGCUAGAGAUAGCCAUCUUGUGUUGGGACGAGUCGUACAACUUCAUCCUGGGCAGGAUCAGAGGCCCCAUUACGAAUUUGUGCUUCCUUUGAACUGAACCGUCGUUCAGGGGGGCCGGAAUUCCAGCUAUGGCAGGUAGAGCUAUAAUAGGAGGAGUACUCUUGGCUCUUAUCGAAGGUGUUGGUAUAUUAUUUACUAGAAUUUCUGCUGACCAGUUUAGAAAUCCGGCCCCGCCGGCAGAAGACCCUGCAGUGCUUGGAUAUCCUGGAAGCAAUUUUUCUUUUGGAUCCAACUCCAACCAAAAAGAAUAUCAGUGAAAUUUAUUAAAAUUUUAAUUAUGAAAUGACAAAAAA